UCCACCCACGCCCCCUUCUCCCCACCGCCGGGGCACCUGCACUGGCGAAAGCGUCGUGACGACACGACUCUCCGUGCCGCGUGCCUCCCGCUGCUGCAGACUCGCGCUGUCAGAGCCGCGCGCCUCCUCCUCCUCCUCCUCCCCCUGCUCCUGCUCCUGCUCCUGCUCCUGCUCCUGCUCCUGGUCCGCACGCCAGUCCUGCGCGCCGCCGCAUCAUCCGCGAUCGCGUCCGUGUCGGCGCUUCUCCGCGGUCUCGCAGCUAGAGCCCGGAGCCCCCUCGCCUCGGUCGGUGCGGGAAAGAGUGGACCUCGGCUCGGCGGCGGGGCUCCGGUACCUUGGACAGGGAGGGACCGGGGGGGUAUGAACAGCCCCUGGCCCCCGCGCCCGAUCGCGCACCCGGCUUGAGCAGCGCUCCGCAGGAGGAUGCUGUCCCGCAACGGCGGCAGCGGCGGCGGCGGCGCGGGGCUCCUCAGGCUCGGCGGGUCCCGGCUGCUCCGGCUGCUCCGGCUGCUGCCGCUGCUGUGCGCCACCCUGGUGGCCAUGGGCGGCGCUCUGCCCGCGGACAAAUGUCCCCGCAGCCUGGACUGCGCCAGAGAGGGACGGCACUUCUGCCGACCAGGCUCCUCCCACUGUGGCCCAUGCCUCACCCCGCUGGAGGAGAACACAAAGGGCAAAUGCGUGGUCAAGAAGAGGCAUUCCCACAUUGCCAAGGUGACCACUCUACCGGACCUGGAUGAAGAAAUUGACUUCCUGUCCUCCAUCAUCGCCAAACAGCAGGAAGCUGAGGUGAAACACGCAGCACCGUCCCCUCAGGAUGCUCCCAAGUCCAAUCCAGGUGACCCCAAGCAGUGGAACACCACCAAUGUGCCUACAGCCUCUCCUGGAACAAAACCCGCCCCUACCUCGCCCCCCCAGACCGGGGCACAGUCUGCUGUUCGGAGGGAGCCCCUGGCCGCCCCCUACCCCACCAAGGAAAAGGCCCUCACUGUAAUGACAGGUGUGUUUCUCAUCAUGGGGGUGACUGGCCUUCUCUUGGCAGGUGUCUGCUGGAUCAGGCAGCGAAGGGGAACACGUCUCACCGAGAAGGUGGAUUACCCAGCUUUCCGCGUGAUGGGACCCCAUUCCUUUGACAGCACCAUGGUUGGGGACAAGAAGCUGGCCCAGAGUGCUCAGAUGUACCACUACCAGCACCAGAAGCAGCAGAUGCUGUCCCUGGAGAGGCACAGAUGCGAGCCCAAGAUCCCAGACUCGGGGGCCACGUCGGACGAGGAGAACGAGGACGGGGACUUCACGGUGUACGAGUGUCCCGGCCUGGCGCCGACCGGAGAGAUGGAAGUGAAGAACCCUCUGUUUGAUGACUCCUCUCUGCACCCUCAGAGGAACCACAAGUAAACCCGGACAGCCGUCGAAACGCACAGGCGUGCAGGCAGGAGAUUACCGCGUCCCACAUAACGCCACGCGCACACAUCACGCAGGAUCCCCAGGUCCGCAGCCUAACGGACUCACGCAUUUGCACCUACGCGCGCUCGUACGUCUCCGAGAGGCCUGCCGCAGGGCCGCGCUCGCCCCGGCCUUCUAGCAAGGAUGCAGAACGAAGGAAGGGCUCGAGGGAGCGGAAGCUGCGGCGAAGAGGAAACGAGAGGCGGAUUGUGAGCGCUUGAGCCACACCGCCCCCUGUUGGACACUCCGUGCUGCCGCCCCUCCUCCCCGCUCCUUUCGCGCUCGCCGAUCUGGGACAGAUCGUUCACCGCGUCCGAUGACUCUGGGCCCCUGCAUUGCGCAGUUUGUUUCUCUCUAUCCCUUUCCAUUUUAAAAUCUGGUGGCAUUUGGUGCAGCCGCUGUAAAAAAGGUAGUACCGUACUGUGUUUUGCUCGAAGUCAGCUUGCCUUUGGGUGCCUGUCCCGUUACAGUAAAUAUAUCUGACCCCGCCGCGUAGCUCUUCCGCUCCUCCUCUCUCUCUUUUCUCUGUUUCGUGGGUCUCGUGAGCCGUCGCAGUGUUUCGGUGUGUGACCCCCCUGCCCCCCCAUCCCCCAUCCCCCUUUUUUUGCAUAUCUCUCCUGUUUCCCAGGCCUCAUGCUGAGCCCUAAUUAACAACUGUAUCACGGUCACAUGUUCUCCUGUUUUGGCCCCCACUCAAACACAAAACGCUGAAAUUUGCAUGUCCUUUUUUUGCAAGGGCUGCUCCUCUGGUUCACACCGCAAGUUUCCUUGUUUGAAAUGACGUUGGUAGUAAUGAAUGCAGGUCUCUUUAUAAACUUGAAGACACGCGGCGUCAUUCCUGUUCUGCCUGGAAAAAAAAAAAAAAAGAAAAAGUGUCAAUCAGGGAGGUUCGAGGGAGUACAAAUCCUGUCCCCGGCUGCACUUAUUUACUACCAAUUUGUAUUUUUAAUAUACAUUUUAUGCCAGGGAUGGUGAUGUAAAAGCAGAUUUCUUCUGUGUUAUAGUCCCGAUUUGUUGAUUUAUUGUCGGCUUGAUUUAUUCGGCUGGUUCCGUACAGUUAAAGAUGACCGAUCCUGAUUGGUGCCAAAAGGAAGCGAGAUUUAUUCACCUUUCAGAGAUGGAAGCUUUGAAAAAUAUCAACAUGGCCAAUGGCGCAGGAGAGAAUCGAUGCAGGAAAAUUCCGGUUUUAGCGCAACAUUGAGUGUCAUUUUUAUGCGACACGGCCGCCAGAUUAAGUCUGACUUGCGAGAAACUCAGUCGACACAGUGCCUCUUCUUAUUUCCUAGGGGUGAAACGGACCGCGGUACCCUGAACGUAAACACGGCUUGACCAUCGCUAUGUUAAGAUGUGUUCGGGAGCAGCUAAUCUGUCCUUUAAAUGAUGCUUUUGGAAUCUGCACGAAAUGUUCGUGAUCUGUAUGCAGAUGACGACAUUUGGAGCAGCGAUGACACAGCGUAGGCCAAAUUUUCUCAUUUGCAUUUACUAGGAAAAACAUACAUUUUUUCCUCCGAUGUUUUUCCGUUUAUUCAUUUAGCGAGCACGUUUCUCGAGAGCGACGUGCAAUUAUUAUUAUUGACCGCGUGACGUCUUUGUCUAAGGCAUUUUAUCCAUCUUUCACCUUUUUUUUUUACUGCAUAGCUGUGUAAGCCACAUGCAUAGCAAUGCUGGAAAAAACACACACACACACACACACCAAAGGACUUUGUAGACUCACCAGUUAACCUAAAGCAUGUCUUUGGACAUUGAACAAGAUGCUUUAGUCAACAGCAACAUGUAUAAACAGUGUACAUACUGGGACAGGGUCACGCCGGUCUUCUCCGAACCCCCCGCGAAGCAUCACUGUGUGAACCUUUAUUAUACAUUAAACUGUGUACAGAUAGAAAUGUCAAAGAACGUUGCGUUUGUACAAAGUUUUGCUGAAAAUGUACCGUGCUCUUCCGAGUUGAGUAAAUGUGUCUUUUGGAUGGAGUUGCCGGGAAAGUCGUCGGCCGUCUCCGCUCCGGACAAAUCGCCACUCAGCUCUGCGAAACGUCUUGCUGGGCGGCUCACGGAGGAGAUGGAACUCCCCCCGUUCGGUCGGUCGGGAGUUUUCUCCCUCGUGACCGCGUCUCCGCUUUGUCCGCGGAGAGAGGACGGGAUGAAGGAAGACAGAGGGACGAAACCGAUUUUUGCGGAACGCGGUAAAACCCGCAGACCUUAACUGACCACCCUUCUGUGUUGUGACUCACACAGGUCUGACGUCCCACUGAAUCUGCCAUCAGCAAAUCGAACUGUGCUCCUUUAUCCUCUAUGCAGACUUUUAUUCCAUUACAAAAAAAAAAAAAUCCCCUGUGUGUGUGUCUCUAGGGAUCAUUGAUGGACCUUGAAUGGAAGGAGCUGGAGAUGCGGAAGGUCAUAUCAAACCACACUUCUGCUGUAAAAGUCUGUUGACCCCCCCCCCGCCUCCAAAAGAAAGGAGGAAACUGAUGAAUGGGGUUCAUUGGAGGGGCGGCGUUACCGGCUGGAGGAACAUAACCCGCUUGGGCCUUGCUGUUGUUUUUCCUGUUUUUCUGGGCAGGCGUGUUUGUUCCCGUAAACGUGGUCGUCGAGGGUGGGCACGUGCGCUCGCACGGGUGGGAAAUAUGACCACCGCGCCUCUGCACCUCUCGGCUCAGCAAGAAAACUGUUUUUCCAGGUAUUGUGCGUAUGUCGUAACGGGUAGGUGAUAGGAAUGAGAAAAAUGUUUCUCCCUUUAAUGUUUCCGAACGGUCCUGCGGGAUCCGCCCUGGGCGCCAGGUGAGCUUUCUUCCGAAAAGUGCCGAGGAAGCAGCACCGCGCUGCCCGUAUCGGCUCCCCCUUUUUGAAACACGCUGACUCGCGCCACAUUUUUUACCCUUCUGUCCCUGCCAGAAACGCGGGACUGUUUAUUCGCGACACUUCAACCACCUGAGGUGUAGUUUCGGGAUGAGGGAGGGGGGUCAGUGAUAAGAGUGUCUAAAUUCUUCGGGUCCUUUAUAAUUUAAAGAAGUAAGAAAGACUGUAGUGAAGAAGGGGAGUAAGGGCUGCUGGUUUGCGUUCGUAACGGGAUUAAAGGAACUCAUUAAAAAUUAGUAAAAAUACAGGAAAAAAGGAAGUGCAUGGCGUGAACGUGGCUGGAGGGCGAUGGACUAAACGCGAAACGUCACACAGGGUGGUAGCGCCGAAAAUCGGUUCCCCAGACCCACCCGAGGACUGUUUUUUUCAAGUAUGAUGAAAACGACCCAACAGCCACGUUUUGAAACCUGUUGUUUUACUAUUCAGGCUGUUUGACCUGCAUGUAAACACUGGAAAACUAGAGAAAUAAAUAUUUAUA